UCAUUUCACACGCGCGUGCUGUUGUCAAUCUGGUGAAACAUCGUCGAAUUGCAUCACGCAUCACUCUCUGUGUCGCAGAACCGGCUUCAAAUUUCGAGAAUUAACCCACCGGAACAACGAAAUCUUUGCCCGUUCUAGCACGAUGGCCGACUUUGACGCUGCUUCCGCCGGCAAGAACGUAGAUCCCGAGCUGCAGGACUUCCUGAUGGCCGAAAAACAGAAGGCUCAGCUGAGUGCCCAGAUUCACGAAUUCAACGAUAUUUGCUGGGAAAAGUGCAUGGAUAAGCCGAGCAACAAGCUGGAUUCCCGGACGGAGACCUGUUUGAACAAUUGCGUAAAUCGCUUCAUCGACACUUCGCUGUUCAUUGCGACGCGAUUUGCCCAGACUUUGCAGAAGGGUCAAGGGAUGUGAGGCGGCAUUUCGAAAGGAAACUAAUGUAACUUUUAAGAACUUUAUUUAGCUGGUUUGGUGAGGUCUUACUAGGUGAGAAAUAGAGAAAUAAAUCGCACUUUAGAAGUCCUACAAA